UUUUACUCACAUCCAUUUGUUAUGGUUUCAGCUGCGUGAUUCCUGCGCUCAGCUUAGGAUGUUCCACUCUUCUCCUUUCUCUCUCCAGGGCUCAUUUUCUUCUCCUUCAGCUCAAUGCCGCUUCAGAUUUGUGGAGGGACACUGUGUAUCUGUUAAGAUUGUUAAAUAGGUUAACGUACCCAUUGGAUUCGGCAUACAUAUAAAUGGGGGGUGAAACGGUGAAUGGGACAUGGCUCGGUGUUUUGUGGCCAAUCUCUCGCAAGAGUGCAUCAGAUGACAAGGAAGAAAUUGGGAUUUUGGCACUUGAAGUUGCGGGUUUGAUGUCUAAGGUGGUUAACUUAUGGCAUUCUUUGGGUGAAAGUGAGGUAAUGAGUCUGAGAGAAUGGAUAGUGAACUCUGUUGGGGUCAAAAUGCUGGUGUCUGAUGAUGAUUAUUUCUUGAUGGAACUUGCAUUGAAUGAGUUACUCAAUAACUUUGAAUCUCUAGCACGGUAUGUUGCAAGGUUGGGUAAGAGGUGCAGGGAUCCAGUAUAUCAUGGUUAUGAGCAUUUUGUUAAUAACCCAUGUCAAAAUUGUCUUCAAUGGUCUGGGUGGGAAUAUAGAUGGAAAAAGAUGGAGAGGAAGGUGAAGAAAAUGGAAAAGUUUGUUGCUGCUAUGUCACUAUUGUCCCAAGAGCUUGAUGUACUAGCAGAGAGAGAGCAAACUUUCAGGAGAAUGCAAGUGAAUCCUGAGUGUAAUCGAGUGAAAUUGCUAGAGUUUCAGAAGAAGGUCAUGUGGCACCGCCAGCAAGUGAAAAAUCUGAGAGACAUGUCUCCAUGGAAUAGAAGUUAUGACUAUAUAGUUCGGUUGUUGGCAAGAUCAUUGUUUACAAUUCUAGAGAGAAUCAUACUUGUCUUUGGAAAUAGCCAUCUAGCAGUUGAAAAGCAACUAAAUGAUUCUCUCCCUAUGAAUACUAAUAAUCAUCUAUCACGCACCCUUUCCUUCCCCAUUCUUAUGCAUUAUGGAUUCUGUUCUGAACCUACUGGGAGCAGGCCGGUGUUAAACUCAGGUGUUGUAGUUGACAAGAGCAAAAGCAAGAAGAAAGAGCAGCAAACUUUAUAUAGAAAGCAGUGUUCAGAAAUCAAGCAGUUGAAACAUUUUGGGUCCUUCAAAGGAUGCAAGUUGGUUGGAAAUGAUUCUCAUGUCAUACAGAGUCGUGUGUCAACUAGUGGUGGUUCUAUGAGGUUGAUUGAUUCUCAUAUGAAAAAUAUUGAUAACAUGAAAACAGUGGAUCAAUCAUCUCUCUUUUACAGAAGUAGAAUAUAUUUUAAACUAUCCCUCAAGGGUAGAUUAAAGCCAGCUCCAUCUACACUUGGUGAUGCUGCUUUAGCUCUACAUUAUGCAAAUGUGAUCACAUUGAUAGAGAGGGUAGUGUCAGCACCUCACCUGAUUGAUCUUCAAACAAGAGAUGAUCUAUACAACAUGUUACCAACCACUAUAAGAACCGCUCUGAGGGCUAAGCUUAAGUGGUAUGCUAAAAGCAAGCACGAUGCUAACCUUGCAUUAGAAUGGAGUGUGGUACUCACACAGAUAUUAGAAUGGUUGGCCCCACUUGCACACAACAUGAUAAAAUGGUAUUCUGAGAGGAAUUUUGAGAGGGAGCAUACUACUUUGAAAGCAAAUGUUUUACUAGUUCAGACUCUUUACUUUGCAAACCAAGCAAAAACUGAAGCUGCAAUGGUUGAGCUCCUUGUUGGUCUCCACUAUGUAUGCAGCAUUGAUAGAGAAGCUGGCAUUAGAGAUACACCAGAGUUUGCAGGCUUUAGAUCUUCUCAUGGUGUUCGUUUAAGAAAAAAUGAGUUGUGCAAUAAAUUUAUAUAGACUAUAUAUGACAUUGCAUGCAAAUGUGCAGGGGCUGAAUGUCAUCACCAAUGUAUAGCUCUCAUUUUUA